UGUGUGCCAGUUCAGUUCACGGACACCAAAUUAGACAUGGUCUAUUUUUAAGCAACAUGUAGUUGCUCGUUCCAGUUUACUGGUUACUCAUAGUAGACUCCCUUGAGCAAACCUAGAUGGAGAUAACGACAAAGCAAUCCCGUGAAGAUGUCAAGACCAAUUCUUAGCAGGCCGCGUACGCGUGUCUACGGAUGCAACUACGACAAAGGAGAAUCGUAUUAUAAGCCAAUGGUCGAUCACUUAGAUCGAAAAUACAGCUCUCGACCGCUCUUCUCUGAACCAAGAACUUCGUUAGCCGACGAGAUCGCGGCUCGCCGAGGCGACAUCGGCUCGCGUGACCUCCCCGGUCCUCGCAACAAUUCUCUUGGACGUGACCUUGACCCCGAAAUAGAUCCCUUAAUCCGCGCCCCCACAGUGCCUUUGUCAUCCCUGGCCAACGACCCUUUGUUCCCCGAAAACGAGGAGAUCGUCUACGACAGCCGUGGCCAACGAAGACGUCGAUUCGCUGAAAACUUUGCUAACGAAGUCGCCGCGACGACGCAACACCUCAAAGCGAAACUAGCCACGUUCGGAUUAGACGACGAGGUUGACGCCACGUUGGGAAAAUCACGACGUCUGCGACAGGAGCAGGAAUUUCUCGAGAAUAGCCUAAACGCGAGAAGGGACAUGCAAGACAUGAGAUCGACGAUCGAGGACGCGGAGAGUGCUUUCAGCAAAAGACGUUCGAAGCUUCUCGAUGAAAUCGAUAACAUAACGGAGACCAAGCCGAUGCUGACGAAAUGGUCGAAGCUAUUGAACGAGGACGAGAAUUUGUUACCGGUUAGCGCCGCCGCGACCAGGGCCAAACAGACCAAAGCCCGUUUGAACGAUCUGGAGUCCGAAAUGGAGGAGCUUUCUGAGAGACAAGCGAAAAGAGAGCGCAGGGCAGCUGCUCUCAGGGCAUUAGUUAACGAAAAUAUCGCUCAUGCCGUUCAAGAUCAAAACGUUCAAGAUCAAUCUAUCGUUAGCAAGAAGGUCUCCAUUCGUGAACGCUCUGAGAAACACGUUGCCUUUUAAAUGUUCCGUGUGAUUAUAUGAGCCGAUCAUUAUGAAAGUGGUGUAAGUAAAUCUUUCUUUGUUUCGAGAUAGAAAAGGUUUUUAUAGAGAUGUUAUUGCUAGAACGGAGGAGACAUCCAACUGCCUGCAAGUAGGAAUGUCACAAUGUUGAAAAGAGAACAAAAAACGCGGUAAUCUAUCUAUGUGACUUAUAAAAUAUAAACGAUAACCAUUUAUCGUUAGCAUAAGAAACAUGAGAUAGGUAAGGUACCACGGUUUCCUUUCUCGUUUUAGCUGCAGCGUUCCCCUACUCCAUCUACAUACAUAUAAUAUCUUUAUAAAGGUUUUGCAUACGUUUCAAACAGCGAUAGAGUGUGUUUAAGGUUCUUGAUGUAAUAGUGGUGUGGCUGGUGUGUACGAUAGUAAGACCAUUACGUC